AUGCCCUCUCUCGCGCUUCUUCAUUGGCCACCUUCACCCUUGCCAUUCUUGAUUGGUGGAUUCCACUCGCCUGAUGCAGAUGUUGCGCGUUUUGACGGGCAUCCGGAUUGCAAAACGUGCGGGGCGAGUCGUCGGGCAGUGCACGUCUUGUGUAGUGAGAUUGAGGGUGAAUCCCAGUCAUUGGUGAGGUGGCAACAUCAAGGCGAGAUCACAACGUGGAAUAAGGGAGAUGGAAGCCGUGCAGCGAGGGCAAAUGAGUGUGUAGCAGCCGAGGUGACCAAAUGGAAUGGCAGCAGGGGUGGUGAGCGCAGAGACGAGGAGCGAGUUUGGAGCGAGUCACAUCCUGGCUGGCCACAAGUCGACUUAAGCGCCGAAAUUGAGGCCCGCAAAUCGGGCACUUGCGCCAAGCACAAAGUUUUCGCAAAGAUCGAGGACAUUGUUGCUGGUCCAUUCCGGCGGCUUGACAGGCCUGAACUUUGGCACGAGAUGGUUGGGCUCUGGCCGUGGCUUGAAUCGGCUGAACCAUUCGAGGUAGACAAAUUGCGACGGGGCGGUGAGAUCACCAUGGAAUACAUUCUCAUGGGCUUUCUUCGACAGUUGCGAGUCUCCCGGGUCGGAAAGAGACCGGAAGGAAUCGAUGGUGUCGGUAGAAACGACGGGUGGGGGCUGUUGGCAAGCGGAUGGGAAGGGGAUGUGACGAUUCGGUCCUGGAGGGGACGUACGAGCUCAGAUACUCGUAGGAUCUCCCCCGCCCGGUCCCCGGCUCCCUCCCUUAUGCCCCCUCCGGCUCGCUAUCCCACGCCCCCGCCUCGCUGGCACCCCUCUCCGUACCCUCCCGUUCCCUCCGGUUCCUCUCGGGCCCUCCUCCCGUCUCACUUCGUCCCACCGGUUCCCAUCCUCCCCCUCCUUCGUGCCAUGUCAUCCUCCGUGCCCCUCAACCCGCUCGCGACUGUCCACAUCCGCCGGUACUUCCUCCUGCUGGAGGUGCUUCGACAUGAACGGGCCGCCGAGCCACGCCUCGAUAUGUCCUCGCCCAGGACCUGGCUCGUAUGGGGUCACGGCGUCCGCUGGCUUCUGGGCAUUCCCUCCGAUAUCGGUACCGGGACCGCCUUGUAUCCUGCCAUCGCGUGGUCCCCUCACAGGGUCCAUGCCGACCCGUCCAGCGGACAGCCUCCCCCGCCAUCUCCCCCUCAGUUCAUAGACCCUCCACUCCGCCUAUCUUCCCUCCGGCUUGCUUCCGAUAACCAAGACUCCCUUUAUGCUUGGAUGGGCGCGUUGAUGAGCGAGCAGCGGACCUCUGCCGGUCGUAUCCGUAACGACGUCGGGUUUGUAGUCCGCGAGAUCUACGACUUGGGCCGUUCCGUCCGCCUGAUCACCGAACCGGAAGGUGCUUUCGGGGGUGCUGCCGGAGGGAACGUCGAUCCGGAGGAGAGUUCGGUCGGAGGCCCGGAAGGUAUCGACAUCACCGUUCCGGAGAUGUUCGACGGAGGGAACACUGUUUCGUAG